AUUUAAUAAAUCAAUUAUUUAGAUUUCAGAGAACGCAAUAGAAAUUCAACCCCUCUCUUGUUUCCUUCACUCACAUUACUGAUUACUCUUCCUUCUUCAAAAUCCCUUCUCAUUUCAACAUGUCAGGCUACCCCAACAAGCCUUCCGGUUACGGUUACGGCGCUCCGCCGCCAUACCAGCCAUACGGCGCCGCCCCGCCAUCCCAGCCAUACGGCGCCGCCCCGCCAUCCCAGUCCUACGGCGCUCCGCCACCACCUCAACCCUACGGCGCAGCCCCGCCAUCCCAACCCUACGGCGCUCCACCGCCAUCCCAAUCCUACGGCGGUCCACCUCCGCCUUCUCAGCCUUACUCCGCUAGCCCCUACGGCCAGCCGUCCGCUCCUUACGCCGCGCCCUACCAAAAGCCCCCCAAGGACGAAUCCCAUUCCCACGGCGGCGGCGGUGGUAGCGGUUACCCACCGCCUCCAUCAGCGUACGGGAGCCCGUUCGCGUCACUGGUGCCGUCGGUGUUUCCUCCCGGCACAGACCCUAGCAUAGUCGCAUGCUUCCAGGUGGCGGACCAGGACGGCAGCGGCUUGAUCGAUGACAAGGAAUUGCAGAGAGCUCUCUCUUCCUACAACCAGAGCUUCAGCUUGAGAACCGUUCACCUCCUCAUGUUUCACUUCACCAACACCAACGUCAAGAAAAUAGGACCCAAGGAAUUCACAUCUCUAUUUUACAGUCUUCAGAACUGGAGGGGCAUAUUUGAGAGAUUUGAUAAGGACAGGAGUGGUAAAAUCGAUUCAAAUGAGUUACGAGAUGCGCUGCUGAGUUUGGGUUAUGCUGUUUCUCCUGUGGUAUUGGAAUUGCUCGUCUCCAAGUUUGACAAAACUGGUGGAAAAAGCAAGGCUAUAGAAUAUGACAACUUCAUCGAGUGUUGUCUUACUGUUAAGGGACUAACUGACAAAUUCAAAGAGAAGGACACUGCAUAUACCGGAUCUGCAACAUUCUCCUAUGAGUCGUUUAUGCUGACUGUCCUGCCAUUCCUAAUAGCUUAGGAAAGUAAUGGUGUAUGGUCGAGGAACUUUUUCAUAUUCUAUUAUGCUGCUAUCACCUGUUGUUUAGUUUAUAAAAAACAAAUCCUUAAACAUUAUAUUUUCAGCUUGUUGACAAGUUUCUUCGGGUGUACUUUGUGUGAAUGAAGCCAUAAAAAUUAGUUUUCGUGCUUA